GCUCUGUGGAGAGAUAGAUUUCACAUCGCACAGUGUACCGAAAACGAAUGUGGUGCGUGAAAUAUUGAGUCCGCGGUUUACGUUGGUCGUUCAGACGACUUGCUGGUAUUUUAAGGAUGGCCAGCGGACGGGAGGAUUUAUUCCGCAGGACUACGGGGAAGGACAUGAUCGCGACGAUGUUUCUGUUGCUGCUAGCUCCGAUGCAGAUACUCCACGGUGUUAAAGGAAGCGGCGAACCGUGGCUGAAGAGCGAAAAGCACGCUGAAUUCGGGACCGAGGUGCAACUGCCGUGCGUCCUGAAAUCGCCCCAGUGCAAAGGGCUUCACAGCAUCAAAUGGUAUCGUGGCACGACGCGUAUCUUCAUUUUCAGCGAGGACGGCGGAAUAACGCGCGGCCAGAACGACAUCGCCGUCAGGUCGGAUAUAGAAUACACAACGAAUUCAACGAGAACGUACUUGAAGAUUACGGAUGUUAAAAUAGAGGAUGAGGGGCUGUACAAAUGCGAAGCUACGUACUUGGCAGUGAAUCGGGAGUGCAAUAAUGUUCAGCACAUUAUACUCAAUGUCACUGUGCAACCUGACUUCAUACGAGUCAUCGACGAGAAUACGAAGAACACGUUAAGCACCGGCACUACUUUAGGACCUAUCAACGAAGGCUCGAUGGUUUCCCUGUACUGCGAGAGCGGCGAAGGGAAGCCAGUGCCAUCUGUCGAAUGGUUCAAAGAUGAUCAGAUGUUGGAAGCAACCAGCUCGACGACGAUCGCUGCGAACGGGACAGGCACCGGCAGCAGCCUGCUGCAGAUGCAAAUCACGCGCGAGGAGCUCGGUGCAACUUUCACGUGUAAAGUCAACAGUACAGCCCUCGUUGAACCCCUCACCGUCGACAUCAAGCUGGAUGUUCACGUCCGACCGCUGAAGAUGGAUUUAAACGGGGUGGUGGGCCACGUCGUGCAGGGAACGAAGAUUCUGCUGCAGUGCACGGUACGAGCCGCGAGGCCCGCAGCGAACGUUACCUGGCAGAACGGGACGGAGUACUUGAGCGAGAGCAACGACAGAUUCGGGAUGUUCGGGACGAAAGUGCAGGAGAACAACGACGGCACGUCGGAAACCAUAAGUUACCUGGCUUUUACCGCCUCGGAGUACGACAACGGUAGAACGUUCAAGUGUUACGCUGAGAACUCGGUCACACGUUCCGAAAACCUGGAGCCAAUGAAAGAGUCGACAACGAUUGAAGUUUUAUAUCCACCGAUAGUCAGAAUGAGACCGGAGAACAUCACUGUCAACGAAACCGAAGAUAUUCUAAUAUUUUGUGACUACGAGGCCAAUCCAGCUACUUUGACAAAAGUAACGUGGUUACGAGACGACGAGAAAUUAGUUUUAACAGACGACCAUUACGAGGGUGGCAUCACGGAACAAACGGCCCUCACCGUGAAAAAUGCAUCAGCCAACGACAUGGGAACUUACAAGUGUAUUUUAGAGAAUAACGUUAACGCAUCCGUUUCCGAAGAUGUCGUUGAAGUCUCCGUGUUAUAUAAACCGGUGGUCGAAGUGAUAAUGGACCCACAGGAGCCCGUGAACGAGGCGGAUCGUUCGAACGUCUCUUUGACCUGCGAAGUUGUUUCUGGAAAUCCGGCAAGUCUGACCGCCGUCCGAUGGUACUUGGACGGGGACCUGCUGAAAGAACUUCCGGAUUGCACGAGGAAUAGCACGGCGACCACCACAACCACCGAGGAAUCUUUAAUUUUCUGCGAUAUCGAUCCGAGCAAGCUGCUGCUGGAAGCAGUGGGUCGUUCCUUUCACGGGAACUACUCUUGCGAGGGCAGAAACGACGCUGGCUGGGGACCACUUUCACCGAGUGCACCUGUCAUAGUCCAUUAUAAACCUGGUCCGGCUUCGAUCUCCUACGAACCUCAGCAGGUAAUAAAGAAGCGUCCGUUGACCAUCACAUGCUUCGUCCUGGACCCAGGACGACCAAAGGUAGUUGGCUUUAAAUGGUUACGAGGCCUUCACAGACUUCCGGAUGAAAAUGAUGCUACCCUUACCAUCGAGUCGGUUAAUUUGGAAACUGAAGCGAACUUUACUUGUCUCGCUUACAAUAAAGCCGGCGACGGGGACCCGGCCACCACAUUUAUCGACGUAUCCGCGGCACCUGCCUUUAUCAAGAAGCUGCUCCCUUAUCACGGCUACGUGUACAAUUCACCGAACGUUAGCAUCAUGUGCUGGGUCGAAUGCGCGCCCAUUUGCAAUAUUUCCUGGCUGAAGGACGAUAUUCCGAUGGAUUUCACAAAAACGAACCGAUACUAUAUCUCGAACGUUUAUCAUCCCCCCGAUCCGCGAACGAACGACUUCGAAAGCAUCCAGUCGACCUUAGUCUGGAACCUGACCGCCUGGCCGGGUGGUCAGCUGGACAGGGUCGAGGACAACGUGAAGUUCACCUGCGAGAGCACCAGCAACGGGAUUGGGCCUGGGGUGAACAGCAGCACUCAUUUUCACGUGGAAUUUCCCCCGGAAAAUAUGACGAUCUCGAAGAAAACGGUAAAUGUCACGGUCGACAUGAUACCGGAAACUGUAAGCUGCAACGCGAGAGCACACCCAGAGCCCACGUUCCGGUGGUUCCGCGAAGGCUCUACGGACACCAUCGUCGAGGGCCGUGUUCUCGACUUAAAAGUGCCCGUUCCGAGGCGCAGCAACGGAACAUACUACUGCGAAGCAUCGAAUCGCCACGGAAGCCGUAACAUUUCCAUGGUCAUGAAUGUUCAGUUUAAACCAGAGUGUCACGUGGAAAAGGAACGAAUAGACGGCGAGGAUUACGUGGUGUGCUCUGCGAUAGCUAAUCCGAAAGAGACCGAUUUCGUUUGGUCUUUGAAGAGUGACAACGACACGCUGGAACAGGUUGCCGAGAUACGGAAUGGAAAAAGCUACAUCCGACUCGAUACAUCGGUAACCAAUUUCCGAAUAUACGUUUGUGUUGCGAACAACACCAUUGGCUACUCCAAUCCUUGUGAGCGCGACGUUCCAGGUCAUAUACCUUGGUGGCAUCAACUGGAAGGAAACCUCCUUCUAAUUGUCAUCGUGUCGGCCGUUGUUCUCAUCCUUGUGAUAAUAAUCAUCUGCGUUGUAAUCUUCAUCGUUUGCCGCCGCAAGCGCUGUCAGAUGAAAUAUCCCAAUCAAGCUGCGAAUAACAAUCACGUGAACAGCGUGUCGGAGGGUCUUCCCGAGUCCGGGGCGAAGACGUUUUACGAGAAUCUACCCUUCCACGGGAUCCAAGCGCCGCCUAACAAGCCCUUCAAGCCGGAAUUUUCGGAUCUCGACUACGCCGACGUGGACUACCGAUCAUACGGGCCGAUCAACUACAAAGCUGCCAGCAUCGCGUUACUUCAGAAGCAGCAAGCGCAGAGGCAACGGGAUCAACAGCUUCAGCAACGCCGGCCCCAGAUGUACGGUGUCUCGGACGAGAAUGAAGAGCUUCUUUAA